AAAUUGCCAUCAAACAGAAACAUUUGCAUAAUCCAAACCCACUAAUUCAAACAAACGCCAGAACUAGUAUGCUGACCGUUCUUGAGAAUAGCCGAGUAUCUCCGCCUCCUGCCACCGUUGGGGAGAGGUCUCUCCCGCUUACUUUCUUGGACAUGAUUUGGCUAUCCUACUUCCCGGUCCACCAGGUUUUCUUUUAUCAGUCCACUCACUCUAAACAAUAUUUCUUGGAUACAAUUGUGCCAAACCUCAAAAAUUCAUUAUCAAUCACUCUUCAACACUUCUUCCCAUUUGCAGGCAACAUAAUUCUGUUUCCUAAUGCAAGUGUUGAGAAAAAACCACAAAUCCGUCAUGUACAAGGCGACUCUGUUGCAGUUAGCUUUGUCGAGUGUACUCUUGAUUUCAAUGAUCUUACAGGAAAUCAUCCUCGUAAGUGUGACACGUUUUAUCCGCUUGUACCUCUAUUGGGACGUGUAGAACAAGUAUCCGAUUACCUUAUUAUCCCCGUUUUUUCUGUUCAAGUUACACUUUUUCCUAACUCAGGCUUCUCUAUUGGGAUCACCAACCACCACUCCCUUUGUGAUGCGAACACAAGGUAUAAUUUCCUCAAGGCGUGGAGUUCGAUUGCUAAACAUGGUACAGAUGAGUUUUUCUUAGCUAGUGGAUCUUUACCUUUUUAUGAAAGAGUGAUUCAAUACCCGAGCUCCUUAGAUGAAAUCUCCUUAAAUAUACCGGGGCUUCCAGCUAUUAAUAUGGAAUACCAGCCUCCUCACCUUGUUAGCCCUACAGAUAAAGUUCGUGCCACUAUUGUCUUGACCAAAGCACGCAUCAGUGGGCUAAAGAACUGGUUAUCCACUCAACUGCCAAAACAGGAAUACGUAUCAUCUUUUUCGGUGGCAUGUUCGUAUAUAUGGCAUUGCAUAGCCAAAUCACACGUUCAUAUUGGAGAAAGGAAGGGAGAGGAUGACGUAGAAAGGUUUAAUUGUAUGGUGGAUUGGAGGACCCGCCUCGAUCCACCUGUUCCUCAAACUUAUUUUGGUAACUGUGUAGGGGCAUCUCUCACAUCCAAAAUAAAAAGCACCAUCUUAGCAGGCAACAAUGGAUUUCUUACUGCUUUCGAAUUAUUUACAAAGGCUUUAAGCGACACACUAAAGAAAAAGAAUGGAGUGAUUGUAGAUGGGGAGAGGGUGAUUAAGACAGCCUUUUUGCCAGUGCCAGGGUUUAAUGUGUCGGGAUCACCAAAGAUUAAGUUCUACGAUUUGGAGUUUGGAUGGGGUAAGCCAAAAAGACAUGAGACAAUAUCUCUGGAUUACCAUAGUUCGAUUUCUGUUAAUGCUUCAAAAGAGUCAGAUGCUGAUAUUGAAAUUGGGGUGUCUCUUCCUGCAAAACAAAUGGAUGUGUUACUUUCCAUCUUUAGAGAAUUGGAUGGCACAUUACAGUGAGCAAGAGUCUUUUGUUAAAAUAUUUCUUAUGUGGAUCUAUCAACACGUACAACAGUUAUUUGUCUGCUCAUGGGUAGGCAUGUGUAAGUUCUAUAUGUUAUCAAUAAAAUGUAGCUUUCUUGGUUGUUCUUA